ACCCAUUGCCGCACGCAUCGUACUUAUUGUCACAGACGAUCUACCGCACUACGAGGGCGACGCCCAGUUGGGCAUUGACUGGUGGAACCCUAACUCGGGUGUAGAACCUGAGUCGCCCCACUUUUGGAGUCCUGAAUUCAUCAAUACCAAUCUGUACUAUCCAAACGAUAGCCCCGCUAUCUACGACCCCGUCAGCAACGGUGGGAACUACAUCAGGCUGCUCGAACUCAACGACAAGGCGAAGCAGGGACAGGCAUUGCCAGUUCGCAACCUCCGUCUUAGAGGCAGUACUUUCACAAACUCAACAAAGAACGUGCAACUCUCCACAAAGAAUGUGCAACUCAGCGACGAUGAGAGGAAGGAAUACGACGACCUGUUGAAAUUGUUGGGUCCUGCCAACUUUCCUAACGCUAAGCCUCAUCCUGGAACCAUGGAGGCAGCGGCCAACUGUGGGGAGUACGAAUAUCCCUCUCUGGCGCAAGUUGGAAAGGCAAUGACGGACGCCGGAAUCGUGCCGCUGGUGCUAGUUAGUGAGCCAGACUAUGUAUAUUACGAGUCUUCAACCUUGUGUGCCCAGCGAGGGUUCGGCUUCGGGGAGCAGGACAAGGCUGGGUUUGUGAACUGCGCUAGACGAAUGUACGAGGAAGACUUUAAGAAUAUGAACCUCACCUUCUACAAAACCGCAGCGUUCUCGAAGAACGCAGAACAAUUCGUUACCAGCAUCAAAGACGUACUCGACCAGAUGACCGCGUCCUUUGAUUGCAACCCGCCUACGCCACCACCCGUACCCGGUGACUGCCCUACCGCCGUGGCACCCGUGCCAGUCAUCGUCGCCGACGACUCCCACCGACUCUCCUCAGGCGCCGUUGCCGGCGUCACCGUCGGAGCUAGCGCCGGUGUCGGACUACUCUUCGGAGCUCUUGGAUACGCCCUCAGGGCCUGGACCAAUCGCGGAAAUGCACCCAGCUCGAUCAAGGACGUCGGCCUUGACGUAGACGCACGAAACGUUACCGUCAACAGGGACGUCACCCAGAUCCUACAAGCCGACAUGUUCCAGUAG